GAACACUAAUUAACAAUUUGUCAAUUUGUCUUCGAAGAAAGCUGACACAGCUUUGUGAAGAACGAAAAAAGACAUUUAAACCUUUGAGAAAUAUUGAAUCUGAGGACAAAAUGUCCAGUUUGCCCGAGACAGAAACGAAAACGAUCCCAUCAGAUGAAUUUGAUGAAAUCAGCCGUAGUCAUCUAGACAUGCCUUUGUUCACUUUUCCAGUUUUUAAGGAAACCGUCAGCAAUUGGAUGGAUAAUUUAUCAGAUGAUGAUUGGUUGGAUUUACACAAUGAUGAAAAUGGCAUACAUAAGCUUGCCCUGAUAUCCGACAUGUCCCAGGCACUUAUAGAAGAAAAUGCCAUCUUUUUACUGAAUCACAUAAGAAUCCAGAUUUCAGCCAACCCACAUGAACAUGUUCCCAUGGACAACAAAAGCUCCUCUGCUGACACUUCUAAGCUGGUGAAUAGUCAACCUCUGUUUGAUGGGUGCAGUUACUGCAGGGUGACGCAGGAUGAUGUUCAGUCCAGCUUUGGAGACGUUCUUGAUACCUGUUUUGGUCAGUUCAUGGGAACAGUACAAAGGCGGUCCUUUGACUCAGCCAGGAUUUGUACUUUACUUUCCGUGGAGAUUGCAAAGCAUGUGAACUCAGCCCUGAGUCAUAGUACAGUGCAGACAUCUGUGCGAUCACGUAGAUUCACACCACAAUCAAAGUUGAAAGAAAUAGCUCAUCAUGUGAUCAACAUUUUUUGCAUAUGCAAGAGCAUGACGCAUGCUCCACCUUCUGCUCAAUGCAGCCAGAGUAGUGGUGCAAAGUGUCCUUGCUGCUCAGGCUUAAAGGGAGAUGUCAACAUUCAACCAGACCGUUCAGAAGGCCGCAUAGUGGUUCUGCCUCUGCCAGGGGAUAUGAUUCCUGGCUUCUCAAACUUUGAAGAUGUUCAAGAAAGCCCUGAAGAGACCUGCAGAAAGACCCUUGAGCAGCGCCGUGCGGAGAGCUUUAAAAGAACUCGCUCCACAAAGCAGAGAACUGAUUCUUUGUCACGUUCGACUGCAUGUCUACUUCCACAGCUUCCUAAGUGUUCAGUUGAUGAGAAGUUUCUCAAGACCUGUCUUAUAAAUUUAAUCGAUCACAUUACUUACAAAACCCAUAAAUCAGUUAUAAACGUGAGGUUCUAUCAAAUAUUGGCUUGUGUGACAGAGAGUCUUGUGGGAGAAGAGAGUUACACUGCACCAAAAAGUGCUAAAAACUUCCACAUCCCCAUCUACAAAGAACUGUGUCAGAAAUUUACAUCCAAAUAUAACCUUCAGGCUUUGAUGGAAAAGUGUGAUCCGGCUUUUGUAGCUGCCUUUGUGGAGACGCUAAAAGGACAGCUUAAAAAAUCCAUGGAAAAAAAAAGCAAGUUUAAGAUGUUGAGAAAAUUUAGAAGGAACAACAAGAUGCCUUUGUGUGCCUGUGAGACUAAAGCAGCAGAGUCUCACAGUGAAGAAAAUAAAAAGGAGAACAGACAGCGCAGCGGUAUCAAGAGGAUAUGCGCUUCCAUAUUUAGUAGUUUGAGGAAUGCAUUCACUUGCUGCAUAACCAAGCAGUCAGCAGCAAAAACAAGUGAAUAAUUAUCUUGAAAAAUGACCAUAAGUUCAUUUUAAAAGCUAAAUAAUAUUUCAAGUGUGUAAAAUUUUGUGUAAAAACUGCGCUAGCUUGAGAAUUUAGGGUUGAGUCCCAGCUCUACUUGGUCAAGCUCUUAAUUCUAAAAAAGAUCUAUGUAAUGUGAUGUUACAACCCUCUUUUCAAAUGGAACAAUUUCUAGUAUUUUAAAGUAGCCUAAACUAAUGCACAGGCAGAAUGCUGCCCCUCUCUGAGCCUGGUUCUGCUGGAGGUUUCUUCCUGUUAAAAAGGAUGUUUUUCCUCCCCACUGUCGCCUAGUGCUUGCUCGUAGGGGAUUGUCUGAUCAUCGGGGGUUUCUCCCUAAUGCUGUGGGGGUUUUUACCUUGCAGUUUUGAUCAGUCAGACUACAGGACAGUUUUUAAAAUCGGACUCUGUCCACCAUAGAUUGAUUUUGAAUGAAAGGAGGGUUGUAAAAGCAGCAU